CUACGUAACACCGCUGGGACGUCUCAGGGCGGGUUUCGCGCGCCUGCCAAGCCCUCUGUCCGCGGCGCGCGCAUGUGGUAGCUCGGUAGUCGCCGCCCCGCUGCGGCCGGAGCUGGAAGUGCGGCACCAUGAGCAGCGGCCCCGGCACCCCGGGGAAAGCUGCGGGAUCCCCGCUGCCCGCCGGCAGGAAACGGGACUCGGUGGGGCUGCCGGCCCACCCCAUUAUCAAGGACAUUGGAGAAAUUCAUUCCCGACUGCUGGAUCACAGGCCAGUUAUUCAAGGAGAAAUACGUUACUUUAUUAAAGAAUUUGAAGAAAAACGUGGCCUCCGAGAAGUGAGAGUUCUUGAAAACCUAAACACCAUGAUCUAUGAGACAAAUGACCAAAUUCUCCCUAAAUGUGAGCAGGUGAUGCAUGGCGAUCUGAAUGAAGUGUUGAAGAGAUUGCAAGCAGCCAACCAUAGGAUCCUCACACUCCAGCAGAGGGAGCAGGAAGAAAGAAAGCUUCAGAUUGACACGCUAAUGGCUGGUGAAAAGCAGCGUCUAGCCCAUUGGGAAGUGUUCAUGAAAGACCAACACAACAAACGAGCAGAAGUGGAUGAAGAGCACAGAAAAGCUAUGGAGCGCCUUAAAGAACAAUAUGCUGAGAUGGAGAAGGACCUGGCUAAAUAUUCUUCUUUUUAAGACCUUUUUCGUUGUUGUUGUUGUUUGGGUUUUUUUGUAUGCCAGUACUCUCUUGCUUCAGACUUAUCCGAACAACACUGAGGUUCCUUCAGAAAGCCUAAUCAAAAUAGAGGUUAAAAAAAACAACCACAUCCUACUGUAACUAUAUGUAAAAGUUUGAUUUAGCAAGAAGAGUUUUGCAUACCUCCAACUUUAAGUGCCUCUAAAGCUUGUUUUGUUCAAGGUGAUUGGUGUUAUCACUAUUUUAGUUUGUAAGACAGGCAGGUCUAGAAAUGGAGUUCUGCCUUUAUACCAUGGUUACAUCAAUUUAGGGAGUUGCAAACGAGAAUUCCUUGGCUUGUGAAGACAGCCUUGUCUGCGGGGAAGAAAACAAAAACUAAAUUAUCUCUGUAUAAGGCCACAGUCCUGCCAUAGAGAGCAGGCAUUAUAAAUGCAAGCCAUGCUUGGCUGAAUUUAGGAUGUACACACACUCAUUAACAGUUAUUUUGAGAAAACCAGCAUGUCUUGCAAAACGGUGGAUUCUGAAAGGCUAGAAUGCAUUACUCAGGUGCAGUUACAGCUGCACUGUUAUGAAGUCGAGUUGAGAUAUUGAUUGCUCUCUAAAAUAGGCACCACAAGAGUGGUUGUGAGGUCACAGGAAACAAUGAUUUUUCUCUCUAUGUAACUGGUUCAUGGCAUUCUUGUAGCUUUACACUCCUAAGAAUACCUUCCCCACCCAAACCACCUAAAAGUAACUUUUUAAAGUAUAUCAGUCCUUCCAUUAACCUUUUAUCAGGUACGAUAUUUACCUUAAGUAUUUGUCCUGCCAUUGGUGCACUCAGUAGGAUGAGCAGUGCCCACCUUAUUGGGACUUACUUGAUUGCCAUGCUGACCAAAACAAAGAGAUCUUUCCUCAACUGUAUUAAGGUUAUCACAACAGAUUUUAGGUAAGUGGCAUUAAAAGUGAAGCAUCUACAGUAUUAAUUUGUGUUCUGAUUUAACAGGAGUAUUUGAACUCCUGUGAUCACCGUGGUCUUUUCUUUUUAUUUAAAAUGUUCAUGUAAUAGCAAUAUAAGUGAAUGACUAGCUUAAUUAUCCUUUUGUAAACCAAGUGAAAUUAAAUGCAAUAACAGAAUGAAACUUGAUGCAAGCUAAUCUGAGGGAUUGGAAGAUCUUUCAAAUAUUAUUUUAAGUACUAUGCAAAUAAUAUAAAAAUAAACAGAAGUUGCUCAUUAUCUGUGUUGGAAUUGCACUAUGCAGACAAUGGUUGUCUGUGUAAAUUUAUGGCUUGGUGUCAAGGCUCCAUUCCUGGCAGCAUGUUGAUAAUGUGAUUAAAGUUAGCAGAGGAGAUGGAAUAAGUAUUUGAGAUUUCUUUCAAUAACACUGAAUUCCUGCCAAACUGCUCUGUCUGCUACUGUAAGCCUGACAGCUUCAUCAAUCAUCAUCAGGUACCUGAACUGAAAAGAGCACUUGCUGACACUGGAGCAUGGUGGAAUGUUGUUAAUUUUGUUGUGGAUGGAAAAAACAUAGAUGGCUUCAAAGUAUUCCACAUAUAAAAAGUGAGGAGAACCUACUAACGAAAACCCCUGUUGAAUGGAAGAUGAUUUCUGGAAUAUCUCUAAGCUUAUGUACCCAUUCAUGAAUGGAUGCUGUAACUAAGAGCCUGAUUUAUGUGCUUUAUCAGAAAAACAGAAGAUAAUGUUGCCUGUCUUUAGGGUCCAGAGUCUCAAAAGCAUUUGUUCAUUUUAAGGAUAAACUGAAAACACUCCCUCUUCCACAAGAGGUUUUAAGUAUGAAUGGCCUCAAAACCAAAAUAACUUUCAGAAAAAUGUACUUUAAGUCUCAUUUGGUACUGAAUGAGUUAGAUUUGUGUUUUUUUCCUAUAAAAUAAUACAGAAUAUCAGAUCCACUCAGUUUUGAACAAAAGUAAACCCACCUGCGUCUCUAUGUCCCACUUGAGGGCUGAUAAAAAUGAUAUAGAUGUUGCAAUGCUAGUGUAUGCUAAACAAUCUGCACAAGAGUAAGAAUUUUAAGCCUAGAACUGCACUUCAUUGGCCAAGAAAGCCCAAAAUAAAUUAAAUGAAUGAUACUACCUAAGGUUAACUCUUUUCAAAAGCCAGUGGUACUUUGCGUUUUUGAAAAUUCGCCCUCAAUACUCAUUUUGGGAAUUUAUGCAUUUAGGAAAUAUUUUGAAGAAAAGUGUUUAAAGUUGAUCUUUAACAUAUAAACAAACUUCGGUCUGUUUGUUGGCCCACUUCACUGGGAGACUACAAGAAAAAUAUUUAUCACUAUUAAGUUAUUCAGUAGUCUUUAUUAAUUUUUAAAAAUAUAUAUUGUGCUGUAGUUCUUGAAAUAAAUUAACAGUACAUACAACUUGACUUUAGAGUAGUUUAGCAAGGUGGAUGGAAAAAAUAAUGCUUGGUUCUAAAACUUGAAAGGAAAACCGUGGUGCUUAGUUAUAACUUUAGAUACAUACAUACAUACAUCAUACAUACAAGAUGCACUUAUUUAGCUAUGAUAUUUUUUUUUACCUGUCACUUUCAGUAUUUGUUUAGUGAAUGAGGCUGUGGUCUAUCAGGAGACUAAUGAUACUUCAAAUCCUACACUAUCAUUUUCCAGUACAGCCCCUGCUGAGAAGUAUCUGUUUUACCCAUUUGAAGAAGAAAUGCAUAUGAAGGGAGUUUCAAAGUUGGGUGGUAAGCUACAUAAAAGCAAUUACAUGUUUUUAGCCUCACUUAAAAUGUUUAAAUUCUUAACAAUUAAAUUUUCCAAAAUCGCUUGAGUACUGAUACAACUCCCAUUAAAGUUGGUUAUAAAAAAAAAAAUUCCGGUGGACUCUAAUGGGAGUUGGAUCAGGCCUUUGACUUUUGCUACAUUUGAAUGUUGAAGCUGAUGUUUGCAAUCCUGCUUUGUAUCAGACUAAGAUGGUAGCUUUCUGCUUGAUUAUAAACACUUUUAUAUUUAGUAGUCGGAGUCUAAACUGUAUUAAUUUAUUCUUCUAUGCAACUAGAAGUAGUGGGUAGACUAUCCUAUACUCGCUCAAAUUUUCCUUAAAUUUUAAUAUGAGCUUUCUGUUUUGACACCUACACAACAAGAAGGCAAUAUUCCUACUUGAAGGAUGGUGGGGAAGAACUGCUUCUGCAGUGGUAAUAGCCUGCUUAAAAGUAUUACUUCGACCAAUGAUAGAAUAGUCAUACUUUUUAUUUUUGUAAUAUUGAUCAACGCCUUGUUUAAAAAAUAAAAUUUAAAAAUCCUC